AUGGCCUUCGCCGGCCAGACUCCCACGAUUGUUGUCCUCAGAGAGGGUGGGUUCCGCCCGCAUUUCGAACCCCUCUUCGCCAGCACCGAUGCGUCCCAAGGAAGGGGCCAAAUCCUCUCCAACAUCAAUGCCUGCGUGGCAGUCCAGUCCACAGUGAAGAGCACUCUCGGCCCGUACGGAGGUGAUCUGUUACUGGUUGAUAGCAACGGGAAGCAGACAAUCACGAACGAUGGUGCUACGGUCAUGAAGCUCCUGGACAUUGUGCACCCGGCCGCCAGAAUCCUUACCGAUAUUGCUCGCUCCCAAGAUGCCGAAGUUGGAGAUGGUACCACGUCAGUCGUUGUCCUUGCGGGUGAGAUCCUCAAAGAAGUUCGGGAGCUGGUUGAGCAGGGUGUGAGCGCACAAACCAUUGUCAAGGGUCUCCGAACUGCUAGCGCGAUGGCCGUGAACAAAGUAAAGGAGAUUGCGGUGGACAUGAUCGACUCUGCCGGAAGCGAAGAAAAGAAAAUUGAGACACUGCGGAGGCUGGCUGGAACCGCUAUGAACAGCAAGCUCAUCAAGCGGAACUCGGAUUUCUUCACGAAAAUGGUCGUGGAUGCGGUUCUGUCGCUCGACCAGGACGACCUGAACGAGAAGUUAAUUGGGGUCAAGAAGGUCACUGGUGGUGGUCUCCAGGACUCUCUCUUUGUUAACGGUGUGGCAUUCAAGAAGACCUUCUCCUACGCUGGUUUCGAACAACAACCCAAGUCCUUCAAGGACCCGAAGAUCGUGUGUCUGAACGUGGAGUUGGAAUUGAAGAGUGAAAAAGACAACGCCGAGGUCCGGGUUGAACAAGUGUCCGAGUACCAGGCUAUCGUCGAUGCGGAAUGGCAGAUCAUUUACAACAAGCUCGAAGCUAUCUACAAAUCAGGGGCCAAGGUUGUUCUCAGCAAACUGCCUAUCGGUGAUUUGGCUACGCAAUACUUUGCGGACCGCGACGUCUUCUGUGCCGGCCGUGUUGCGUCAGAUGACAUGGACCGCGUGUGCCAAGCGACCGGUGCCGCCAUCCAAUCUACGUGCAGCGAUAUCCAGGAUCGUCAUCUGGGUACCUGCGGCUCGUUUGAAGAGCGUCAGAUCGGUGGAGAACGUUACAACCUUUUUUCCGAGUGCCCUAAGGCAAAGACAUGCACACUCGUGCUGCGUGGUGGAGCCGAGCAGUUCAUUGCCGAAGUCGAACGAAGUCUGCACGACGCCAUCAUGAUUGUCAAGCGUGCGCUGCGCAACACAACCAUUGUUGCGGGUGGCGGUGCGACUGAGUUGGAGCUCUCCGGCUAUCUCCAUCGGUAUGCCGACCGAAACGUUCCAUACAAGCAGCAAGCCGUUGUCAAGGCGUUUGCCAAGGCUCUGGAGGUUAUUCCCCGACAAUUGUGCGACAAUGCAGGCUUCGACGCCACGGACAUCCUUAACCGCCUGCGGGUGGAACACUACAAGGGCAACACUUGGGCCGGUGUGGACUUUGACAACGAGGGCGUCCGGGACAAUAUGGCGGCCUUUGUUUGGGAACCUAGCUUGGUCAAGGUUAACGCUAUUCAAGCAGCCGUGGAAGCUGCUUGUUUGAUUCUGAGUGUUGACGAGACUAUCAAGAACCAAGAAUCCGCCCAGGCUCAGGCACCUACGCGCGGCCUGCCUCCAGGAGCUGCGCAACGGGCUCUUGGUGGAGGCCGAGGCCGUGGUAUGCCGAGGCGAUAG